CGCGGCGGAGCAAUGUGCUGCAACGCGAAGGUCUCGCCACUGCCGGUUGAGAUGGACACCUCCGCCUCCAAAGUGCUCACCAACGACGAUCUCCUUCACGACAUCCUUCUCCGCCUAGGAUGCCCGAGCUGCCUCGUCAGUGCCGCGCUCACCAGCAAGUGCUGGCUGCGUGGCGCCUCCGAUCAGGUCUUCGCGCGCGACUUCUGCGCGGACCACCAGCCGCGCCUACUUGGGAUCUACGUCUCCAGCGGCGGCAUCUCUGGGUCGGAGUUCAUCCCAUUCAGGCAACCUGCUGGUGGCUCUAGGCCGGAGGUGAGUACUGUCCUCAACCAUGCCGAUUUCGGUUUGGGCGACCUGCCGGCGCCGAGCGUUUGGGACUGCCGGAACGGCAUGGUCCUCUUCCAGUUCGGUGGCGAGACCUUUAACCCCGCUGGUCUCGCUGCGCGUUCCCCGCUGCUGUAUCCUAACAUGCACGAGAGCGUGGUGCUCCCGCCGUCGCCGCAGCCGUCCUACUUCCCGGAGUACCCUCACGCGAUGCUCCUCCCUACCGACAAAGGCGACGACGCCUUGUGCUACCGCGUCGACGUCCGCAUCUGGGAGUCGCACAACAAGGCCGCGGCACUGGUGUGGGUCCUGCGGUCCGGCUCCUGGCACAUCCGCUGCAUAGCCGCGGGUGUUCUCGCCAAGUCGCCGGCCCAGAUCCUGCCGACUACCGUGCUCGACGGCGGCAAGAUCUACAUGGCGACCCAGGCGGGGUACAUCCUGGGACUGGACCUCGCCACGGCGAGAUUCUUCAUCGUCGAUCUCCCUCGGGGUGUGGAGCUUGACCAGUACCCAGGCAACCUUGUCCACUGCCGCGGGGACGACUCUGUCCUCUACCUCUUCCAUGUGGACGGGGACAACAGGCUCAACGUCUGGCUCCGCAGGAUGGAAGACGACCAGAAGGGGCACGGCGGCCCUGGUGCUGCUGGCGGCAGCGCCGGCGCCACCAAGGGGUGGGUGCUCAGGGACACCAUUUCCGUGCGUGAGACCUGUGGCCAUCUCGUGGAGCAGGGUUGGGAGAAGGCAGGUGACGGGGACGAGGACGCUGCUGCAGUGAUGAUAGUGGGCGCCGGGGACAACGCCGAGUUCGUGUUCUUGGAGCUCGGUGUGACUGGCGUCGUUGCGUACAUGCACGUCAAGACCAGAGAGGUGAAGCAGGUGUACCAGAGGCAGCCAGACGACGACCACUUCAUCAGUGUUCGUCCGUUCAUGCUCGUCAAGCCUCCUGUUUUCCCAGUACUGGAGGAUGCUCAUGAAGGCGAGGCCGCAGCCGCACUGCAUCAGGAGUAAUCAUCCCAGCAGUGCCAGCAGUAUCUUCUCUAGUAUUUAUUUACUUAUAUUAAACUGCAUAAGGUUUGUUAAAUGUUAUAGAUUCCAGGAGACAGAAAUCGAGCGUUCGAUCGGCGCGUCCUGUGAUUUCUGUCAUUCUGAGCUAUGAACAUGUUUGCUUUAAUCAUGUUAUCGGAUUCAGAUGCAUUAAUU